CUUCCUGCUGCGCCGCCCCACGGUGCGUGCAGCGGUCUCCGGGCGCCCGCGGCUCUGAGUCACGGUUUAAGGUGUGUGGCCCUAAAAACCAGAAACCUAAAGGAACCAGUACUUUUGUUCCUCAGAGCCCACCUUAGAGAAGUGUUUCCUGGAGUCUGUGAUGACCAAGGUGGUGGGCAUGGCCACAGUUUUGGGCCCCAGGCUGGCUCAGGAGCAUGCGGGGCCUAUGGCUCUGAAAGUGGAGGAGGAGGAAGACAAAAGGAAGUGCCGUCCUGGCCUGGAGCUGUUCCGCCAGCGCUUCAGGCAGUUUGGGUACCAUGACACCCCAGGGCCCCGCGAGGCUCUGAGCCAGCUCCGGGUGCUCUGCUGUGAGUGGCUGAGGCCCGAAAUCCACACCAAGGAGCAGAUCCUGGAGCUGCUGGUGCUGGAGCAGUUCCUGACCAUCCUGCCCCGGGAACUCCGGGCUUGGGUGCAGGAGCACUGCCCAGAGAGUGCAGAAGAGGCUGUCACUCUCCUGGAAGACCUGGAGCGGGAGCUGGACGAACCAGGACUGCAGAUCUCAACUCCUCCAAGUGAACAGAAACAGAUGUCACCUUCAGGAACUGCAGAGGAGUCCCCGAGCAGGGAACAGUCUGGGGACAGCAGUCCCAAAUAUGAUUCUUGGGGUCCUCUGUACAUCCAGGAGACUGGUGAGGAGCAGGUUUUCACUCAAGUUUCAAGAAGGAUUCAAGGUUGCAAAUCGAACCCCCAGAAUGAGGAGUCAGCAGAUGAGCAGAAAAGUUCUGAAGAAGAUGGACUCACAGGGGAUUUCAUCCCUGUGAUCAUUGCCAACCAGUGUGAGGCCAGGGCAGAGAGGCAGUGGGUGAACCCAGAAAGGGGAAGAGGAGCAAAAGCCCGUCCUCACCAUGCAGGGUCCCAGAAAGGGGCAGAGUCGGCUCCUCCUAAGCCGGCACCCGGGGCAAGGCGCUACAUCUGUGCAGAGUGUGGAAAGGCCUUCAGUAAUAGCUCCAACCUGACCAAACACCGCAGAACGCACACUGGGGAGAAACCCUACGUGUGCACCAAAUGCGGGAAGGCUUUUAGCCACAGCUCCAACCUUACCCUGCAUUACAGAACGCACUUGGUGGACCGGCCCUAUGACUGUAAAUGUGGAAAAGCCUUCGGGCAGAGCUCAGACCUCCUGAAACACCAGAGGAUGCACACGGAGGAGGUGCCCUACCAGUGCAAAGAUUGUGGCAAGGCCUUCAGUGGGAAAGGCAGCCUCAUCCGCCAUUACCGCAUCCACACUGGCGAGAAGCCCUAUCAGUGCAAUGAGUGCGGGAAGAGCUUUAGUCAGCACGCAGGCCUCAGCUCACACCAGCGCCUGCACACAGGUGAGAAGCCCUACAAGUGCAAGGAGUGCGGGAAAGCCUUCAACCACAGCUCCAACUUCAACAAGCACCACCGGAUCCACACCGGGGAGAAGCCGUACUGGUGCGGCCACUGCGGGAAGAGCUUCUGCAGCAAGUCCAACCUCUCCAAACACCAGAAGGUCCACUCCGGGGAGGGCCAGGGGCCCUAGCUGCCCAGCACCCUGUUUCUUAUUUGUGCUUUUGUAAGUUUUAGAAGAUUAAUACUAGAGAAGCCCUGUAACAGAAUAACAACUCUGGUGAUAGAUUUUGUGCCACUUGGUGGUGAGGGCUGCCUGGGAGCUGGUGCUCUGUGGCAUUAGCUUUGGCAGGAGGCCUACAAGGCACUUUGUGGCCUCUGUGGUAUCCUCCGAGGCCAGCCUGGCCUGACACCUUGCCCGCUUGCCCCAGGCCCCAGUGGGCCUUGCUGGCCUCUGCCUCUGUAGUUGAAGUCUGAUGUGAAUCAAGCUUACUUAAGGAGGAAACUGUUUCAACAUUGUAUAUUCCACAAGUGUAUUUGUAAAGAAUUGAGCCACACUGAAGACCGUUUAUUGCAUUCAGAAUAAACAUAACACACAGGUAA